AUGCGCACCACCACCACCUCAUCGUACAACGACCGGUCCCUUCCCGUCGCCCUCUUCCACGGCACGUACGCGCUCGGUUGCCAUGAGACGCGAAAGCAGUGUGAAGGCGAAGGGCAGGCAGCCAUCAUCCAUCAGCGUGUGUACCAGAGCACGACGAAGAAACAGAGAGAAUCAAUCCUCGAAUCAAUCGGCUCGCAUUAGAAGAAAAUAAGACGACGUAACGACAAAAUGCAAGACGCAAAAGUAGUGAAACAGUGCCGAGGGCGACGGAAAGCCCGCGUUCCCUCCGCGAAAAGGGGAAUAAGCCCGCCGCCUCCUCCCUCGGCUGAUCGUCCCAAAGCGGCUCGUCUAUGUCGGUGUCUCGAAGGUGGUAUCAUGGCCGAUGGAAACGAUCAUCAACUUUUGUAAAACACUUCCUCAGAAACCCCUCCCAUGUAAAUGCACGAAAACAACCUCGCCCGUUCUAUUUGGGAAAUGCGUUCGUUGGACUCUGGAAAAUCAAAACCUCUAGCCGUCC